AUGUCGCCUACCACCGAGCCUGCUGCGGUUUCCACCCAAACCCCCACAAAAACCACCUACAACCUUCCCCCACCCAAACCGGCUUACUACCCCCACCCAGGGUCGCCUUUGUAUGCCGACAAGCAGCUCUACAACAAGAUCGCUGACGCCAAGAAGUCGUUAGUUGAAUCCCACUUAUGCCAGCCCAGAUCGGCCAUUGCUGUCAAAAUCCCCGCCAGGAGCGUGUUCCGCAUCACCACACCCGAAGGCCCCCAGGUUUGUGACUUGAACAUCUGGAACCAACACAAUCCCAGAGAACGAUUCUGGGCCGCCAGAACCAGACAGUUGCACUCCGCCCAUGUGUCCACCCACGACAGAUUGUGGUCCAACUUGCCCUACUUAAGACCAUUGGUUACCAUCACCGCCGAUUCCUUGGGAGGAAGACACGAUGAGUGGGGUGGCAGGGUCCACGACACUUUGGGAACCAGAUGCGAUCCUUACGUGGACAAAUUGAUCAGUGGCGAAGACAACGAUUUCCACUGCCACUCCAACCUCACCCGUGCCGUGUUGCCGCACGGCUUGACCGAGUUCGAUGUGCACGAUGUCCUCAACGUGUUCCAGGUCACUGGAUUGAACGAAUAUGACCAGUACUUCAUGGAGGCCUGUCCUGCCAAAAAGGGUGACUACUUCGAGUUGUUCGCAGAACAGGACUUGUUGGUGGCCAUCAGUGCCUGUCCUGGUGGAGACUUGUCUCAGUGGGGAUGGGGUGAAGACAAGGAGGACUUGGACAGCCUGAAGAUGGUGGACUGCUGUAGACCUUUGGGAAUCGAGGUGUACAAAUUGGAGGACGAGGAAAAGGUCUUGGAAGGAUGGAGCGCUCCUGAGGUUGCCAACUAUAAAGGUAAGCACGGCUUGAAGAGUCCAGACAAUUAA